GAACGAGUCGGGCGCGCUGGAGAGCCGCCCCUUCCUCGGCCCCCAGGCGAGGUGUUUGUCUCCGGCGGCGCUGAGCUAGCGUGUGUGGCGCGGGUCCUGCCUCAGCUGGGAGAAUGGCCUCUUCAGGGGAACUUGAAAAUCACAAUGACUGCUUCGUAAAACUUUGCAAUCCACAUGUAGCAACCAUGAAAGAAGAUGUUCUCUACCAUUUCAACCUCAGCACCACCACACAUGAUUUCCCGGCUAUGUUUGGAGAUGUGAAGUUUGUGUGUGUUGGGGGAAGCCCUUCCCGGAUGAAAGCCUUCAUCAGAUAUGUGGCCUCAGAGCUGGGCCUUGACCGCCCAGGAGUGGACUAUCCCAACAUCUGUGCAGGGACGGACCGCUACGCCAUGUUUAAAGUGGGACCUGUGCUGUCUGUCAGUCACGGUAUGGGUAUUCCUUCCAUUGCAAUCAUGCUGCACGAGCUCAUCAAGCUGCUGUACCAUGCCCGGUGCUCCGGCGUCACCAUCAUCCGCAUCGGCACCUCUGGUGGGAUAGGUCUGGAGCCUGGCUCUGUGGUCAUUACCCGGCAGGCAGUGGACGCCUGCUUCAAGCCGGAGUUCGAGCAGGUGGUCUUGGGGAAGCGAGUUGUUCGGAGCACGGACCUGGAUGAGCAGCUUGCGCAGGAGCUGAUGCAGUGGUCCACAGACCUGAGUGAAUUCACCACGGUCGUGGGAAAUACCAUGUGUACCCUGGACUUCUAUGAAGGGCAAGGCCGUCUGGACGGUGCUCUCUGCUCCUACACGGAGAAGGACAAGCAGGAGUAUUUGCGGGCGGCCUACGCGGCCGGCGUCCGGAACAUUGAGAUGGAGUCCUCAGUCUUUGCUGCCAUGUGCAGCGCGUGUGGCCUCCGAGCGGCUGUGGUGUGUGUCACUCUCCUCAACCGCCUGAAAGGGGACCAGAUCAGCAGCCCUCACGAGGUGCUGGCCGAGUACCAGCAGCGGCCUCAGCGCCUCGUGGGCUACUUCAUCAAGAAGUGCCUCUCGAUGGCCUGAAGUCCCCUAAGUCUCGAAGAUGAGGUCAUAGUUGCUGGAAAUAAAAUCAUUGUCAAAAUCUC